CCGUUGCGCACUUUGUUAGCCUACUCACUGCAUUAGGGGCGUUACAUUUCUACAUCAACUCCAAAACAUGGCUCUGUCAGGCUGUAAGGGUUUUGCUUUCUUAGCAGUCUUCACGUUUACAGAAAGCUGAUCAUGUUCACAAAGCAUAAAGGAACGCUUGGAGUUUCACUAUGUCAGUACUUGAUUGUGUCAUUGAUUCUGGUAUCCCAGUUACAAGCUAAAGUGAUAACACAGGGGAACAUGACCGCAAUCCUGGACCAACCUCUUAUCAUGAGAUGUAAUGUGACCAUAGAAACUGGAACGGUAGUAAAACAGGUCAGAUGGCAGAAAAACCCAGACGAGAGCAUUGCUUCAAACAACCAUAAUAACAAUGCAGUGGUCAGUGAAGAAUAUCGUGGCCGAGUAAAUAUAUCCCUCUACAGACCACAGACGACUUCAAUUACUUUCAACCAUAUAACAGUUACCGAUGAGGGGUGCUACACAUGCUUAUUUGAUACCUACCCUGAAGGGGAGUAUCAUGAGCAGACAUGCAUCAGUAUAACUGUUCAGGUUAAGACUGAAGGAAAUGUGACAGCAGACGUGGGCCAGCCUGUUACCUUGAAGUGUUAUUAUUAUGGGAUACCCAAGAGUGUUCAACAGGUCAGGUGGAAAAUGUUGCAAAACAACAAACUUGAGGACCUGGCUUCAUACAAUAUAAGAUUUGGAGAUAAUAUCAAAGAUAAAUUUAAAGAUCGAUUCAAUAUUAAUCCUGGACUAAGCAUCACUGCUAUUUCUAUAAAAACAGUAACACUGGAUGAUGAAGCAUGUUACCUCUGCGAAUUUGAUAUCUUUCCUGAUGGAGCGAAGAACGGGAGUACAUGCUUGACUGUAUAUGUUUUGCCUAAACCAAAACUACAUGUUAAACGUUUACAAGAUGGAAUCCAAGCCAACUGCACAGCCUCUGCUAAACCAGCACCUGAUAUUACAUGGAAUAUUGCUGGAGGAAAUAACACUGAAAACGUCACCACUACCAGUGAAAUGCUUCCAACUGGGAUCACAUUGGUGGUUAGCAGCUUGUUUGUACAGAACAAUGUUUCUGAAGAUGAUAUCAUUUGCAUGGUCCGACAUCCAGGUCUGGAGAGUCCAAUCACAGUGUCCAUGAGUGAUCAAGGAGCAGGUGGCAGGAAUAUUCUCAUAGCCGUGAUGGUUUGCACAGCAUUAAUAGUCUUCUGUUUGUGUGUAUGUUUGUGGAGAUGUCUGGUUACAACUGAUGACUGAUGGAUGAUUACUGAAGGCAGCUACAAAAGGAAAUACAGUACCGCUGGCACACUGUAUAGAAGGAAAAAAAUAUGUCACCCAUAUGUCACAUAUUUCUGGAUAUUUACAGUUGGUCAUGUUCAGUUCAUUCAGUCCCAGAUAUGACCUCCUAAAACGGAAAUAUCUCCUCAUAUAUCACUUUGUUUGUAAAAUUCUGCCUAAAUAUAAUUUAAAUACAUUACUAGAAAUAAGCCAUGUGGUGUCCAGUGUGUGAUUUUAGGAUUAACCCAACCAGUUCAACCUUUCUAAACUACUAGUAAUGUUGGUCGCAUACAUUUCCAGUUCUAAGACCACGAGUAUUUAUUCCAGAUCCUUCGUAACAGUAACAUUAAGGAAGGUUUCUUUAGUUUCUCACUAUGUACUUCAAUACAGUACUGGGAGUCCCAACAUGGGACCUUACACAAUCUUACACAAUCUUAGUUGUUCUGGCUUGGUGUUUGUCUUUUAUUCACAGCUUUUUGGAAUCCAUUGUAAUAAACCCAUGGUAACAUGUUAUCAACAUUAUGCAAGAAAACAAACAGAUAAUGUAUAAUUAUCUUUUACAGCAAUACAGUAAAUAGUAUAUUAGUAAUUGUAAUUGAUGCACUUGAUUUUAUGACUAUGUAUUGCACUUGAUUUUAUGUAGGCCUACUUUUAAUGGAAGAUGUCCUUGAGUGUCCUGAAAGGCGUCCGCCAAAUAAAAUGCAGCAUUAUUA